AUGAAUGGAUUCAAAGCUCCUUCUCUCCCGGUCCCCUCUAAGUUGCAGACCCUGACCUCUGCAGACGACCUGAGCUCGAAUAAGGCGCAUAUACCCAUCUCUGCGGUGCCUCCACCAUCCGAUAUGCCCCACGGUCGCGGUCUUACGCAAGACGACGAUGCCGAAAUGCUCGUCUACCCUGCGGCGUUCCAUCCUUCUGCAAUGCAGCACAGGGUACGGACUGCUUCGCAUCCUUCUUUAGAGAAGAUUACCGAAGAGGACGAGAUGGAACGGCCGCGCACUAGUUCUGGCAGGCGCAAGAGUGUGCCCAGUGACUUCGACGAGCUUGAGGGUGAUGGACCUACUGGUAAUACAGCCUUCGUGGAACGAGGAGAUGGCCACGGCGAGCAAGGUUUGAAAAGGUCAGCGAAGCGUGUACAUUGUGUAGAAGAAGACGAAGACAUCGAUUAUGGUGGUAACGCGAAGAGGUACAAAGGUGACAGGCUUCCGCAGGAGCCACCGCCGUCCUACUCGCGACACUCGACACCAGCCUCGCACUAUCUCCCGACAAGCCAAGGCGCACACGAUGACGAUCAUGACUACCGACGGACUGAGUCACACUACGAAGACACCUUUCCAAGUCAAGCACAGGCGGGGGUCGACGGGCUCACACAACCUGCUCAUGCAUUCCGCAAGCUCCUGGGGCAGGACCUCAAUUUAUACAUGGAUGCGCACCUCAACGCAUAUGACGAAGCAAAGAAGAAAUGGUCCGAGUGCUCGAUAGACGAAUGGAGGGCCGGUGCCGAUGAGCUGAUGACGGGCUUUGCGAAGAUGCUCGACUUUGUAAAGGAACACAUGACAACCAAACUUACGCUCUACGCUUCCCUGCAUUCCUCUGUGUCUGCGCAUCGUGCCAUCCUUACCGAUCGC